AUGGAACGGAGGAGGAGUCUCUCUCACGAACUCUGGGUCGCUCUCUGUCCUACCUGUGCAAGUUGCAUCUUACGUUGGACCAAAGUUGUUGCUCACAAGCAGUCUUGCAUGCCUACUUCUGUUGAUCCGAAGACAGUUAAAACCGUGAAAGGUAUUACAUUCUUGGUUGGUAAUAAGUUGAUACAAUUCACGAAGCAACAGUUUUGCUUCAUCAUAGAGCUACGGUUUGGAAACCUCCCAUUGAUUCAGAAUCCCACUAAUGAAAACUGCGCUUUGAAGAAUAAAUACUUCCAGGAGAAUAAAACUGUGAGCCUUUGGGAACUCAAAAAAGCAUUCAAGGCUUGCACUGAUAAGGAGUAUUUAGUGAAGCUUGGUUUUGUGUAUUUUGUUGUAUUUGUAUUGUUGGGUACCGCUAAAAAUGUCAACAUGGACAUGAGGUAUUUGAAGUUGGUGGAAGAUCUUGAUGCGUUUGAGAGGUAUCCUUGGGGCGCUGUGUCAUAUGCAAAGACACAUGAGUCACUUUCGAGGGCACUUUAUGCGGAUUACCAUCGAGUUAAAGUACCCCAAGAAACUCAAAAGAAAGCAGAGACAACGACAAGUGGUAUGAUUAGUGAGUACCAUAUUAAAGGUGUUCCAGCUUUGACUCGACUGCAUUAUGUUGUGCACGAAGAAAAUGCCCUCCACCCACACAUCUUACAUUGGAGGAGCAAUAAGUUGGCACGUUAUAACAAGCUAAUGUCUCAUGUAUAUGAAAACAUUGAGGUUGAUGUGAAAUUCAUCCGUCCCAAUCAAAUUGAGAAACAAAAAGCUUAUUGGAUUUGGGGUGAUGAUGAAGAGGAUGAAGAAAAUGUUGAAGUGUAUGACGACACAAAGUCCCUUGGUCAUGGUGGUGACGAUCAUGGUGAGGGUGUUGAGGAUGGGCAAGAAAAUACAACCAUUGGUAUAGAAGAAGAUACUCUGGAAGUUCAAGAAACAUCUAGCCUUCCAUCGUCUUCGAAUGGCAAUGGUAAACUCUCUUUGACUUACUGUUGUGAUUUGAAAAAGGAGUUACAAAGUACAAAGGAUGAGUUGCAAAGAGCAGCUGCUUCAAAUCGGGCGUUUAGGAAGAGAGUGUGUGACUUGGAAGGGAGGAUAGAGAGUGAGUCUUUGAAAAAUAAGAAGGCUGUUGUGGGUUUCAACAAGAUCGUUGCUUUGAUGGAACAUCAUUUUAUGUUGGUGAUGGAGGAGUUGAAAAAAGCUUAUGGUGUGUUGAAUCGACCUGCUGAAGGUCAUGAAGAACCACGUACUCUUCGGAACAAGGAAGAAAUGGAUGACGUGGCCCCCUCACAUGAGCAUAUUACUCAGACUACAAAGAUUGAAGGAGGUGAUGCAUCAAGGCAGGAGCCUAGAACCAUUGUUGCAAAGGCGGGUGUUGACAUAACCGAACCAAUGCUUUCGACUAUGAAGGGUACUAGUCCUAGCACAGAGAUUAAAGGACCCGAUGUUUCAUCAAACCCUGCUAAGAAUGCUUCCUCUGGUUAUACCCCAGAUGAUGGAGAUGCCUCCGCAAGCACGAAAGUCCAAGGGGCUGAAAUGGAAACAAAAAAUCCUGAGAAAGAAGUUGAGCAAGAAGCAGGGAUUCUGCCUACACCUGAAGAUUUCUGGGGGUGCAAAGUCCUUUGCAAAAAACUUUUAGAGUUGCUAAAGGAUUGGCAAAAGGAACCCGGAAUGGCGUUGGGUACAAUUCCGAUGAGGCCUCCGAUCGGAAGCGAUGCUACUGUGGCUGGUGAUAAAGCGAACGCGGAAGGUGGUGUCACAGUUAAAAAACUGGACGCGGAAGGUAAAGGGUGUAGGAAGAAGCAGCCAAUAACUGGGUUGUUGAGUCCCUUUAUCGGUCCUAUGGGAAAAAAGAGGAAGCUCACUGUUUCGGAAGGCACUCACUGCUUUUAA